UUUCUGAAAAGAGCCCUCACAGUACGGCUAGUUUCACACUGGUCAUUUUGUCGAGCCAAGCAGAGCCGGAACAAUGAAACUCUGGCCCUGCAAGCUAUCUGGUACUGGCUUGGUGUUGCGCAAGACUGGGGGCGGGGUUAACUCGCACUGUCCAAAACAAUAAAGUCUACCAAAAGAUUUCAUAGGAACUGAGAAAUAUGGAACUAAACCGCAGUGCGAAACAGUGUUGUGAAAAAAUACAAAAAAUAAAACAGGAUUACAAAAAAAUGAAAGAUCAUAACAAUAAAAACGGGUCAGACCGCAAAAAAAGUUGCAAUGACCGGCGCCGAUAUGUUGAAUUUGGCAACUUGUCUUUCGGAAUCGAUGUGCAGUCCUGCACGUAAUCAAGCAUUUUCUAGGGCUCAACACUUGCUGCUCCCACCUCCACCACCAGAGGAGCUGGAGAUACCUCCACCACCCGAGGGAGAGGAGCUACAGCUGAGUUUGCCACCGUCCGGGGAUGCCUUCACGUCACUGCCCGGAGAUGCCUCCACGUCACCGCCUGGGGAUGCCUUCACGUCACCGCCUGGGGAUGCCUUCACAUCACCGCCCAAGGAUGCCUGCCCCGCUUCACCCAAGGAUGCCUGUACUGCAUCGCCCGGGGUUGCCUGCUGCUCCGCAUCGCCCGGUCUGCUGCUGCCGUCGCCUCCCGAGGGUCCGCUGCUGCCAUCGCCUCCCGAGGGUCCGCUGCUGCCAUCGCCUCCUGAGGGUCCGCUGCUGCCGUCAUCGCCUGGGGUGGUCAGAGCCCCACAAGGGGGAGCUGCCGGCUAUAAAGGAGCGGGAAGGUCAGGAGACCACCCCCACAGGCAACUGGGUGGCUGCAAGACUGCCUUGGUUGGAGGAGCCGGCCUGUGCAAGGUCAGCCUUGCCCGUUGUGGGCCAAUGGAAGCCUCUGUCCCCACCCCUGGAGCAUGGGGAAGACUUCUGGGACUUUAA